CGUGGAGCAACUGUCUCACUGAUUCGUAGAUUCCUUACGUUGGAUCCCGUCACCAGUGUGAGGCGCCUCAAGACUCAUUCGUACAUUCCUGCCUUACCCCGUCACCUGCGGCGAGGCGUUACUUUACUUUGCCUUAACUCCUGGUGCUAGGGCCUUACCUUACCUUACCUUGCCUUACCUUGCCCUUGCCCUACCUUGCCUCGUUAGCUCCUCUCAUCCGUCCGAUUCCUCCCGUUCGCCAUGUCGACGAUCGACGCUCAGGAUGAGCUGGAGGAGGCCGUGAGCAGAAUCUACGGCGAGUGGCUGGCGCGCAGCGGCGGCUCGGGCUCAGGGACUAGGGGGGGCGCGGGAGGGGAGGAGGCGGAGGGCGGAAGGCGGAAAGACAGGGGCGGGAGCGGAGGCGAGGGGCUGCGGCUGUUGCGGGAGCGACACGUGCGGUUCCUCCUUAAGGGGCUGGACCACCUGUCCAGCAGCUACGCCAGCCUGGACGCCAGUCGGCCGUGGCUUGUGUUCUGGAUCGUGCACUCGCUCGCCCUCCUCCAGCACCCCCUUGGCCCUGGUCUUGCUGCUCGUUGCGCCGACACCCUCCGCCGCUGCCAGCAUCCUGAGGGUGGCUUUGGAGGGGGCCCAGGGCAGCUCGCUCACCUGGCCACCACGUAUGCAGGCGUGGCAGCGCUGGUGACGGUGGGAGGGGAGGACGCGCUCUCCGUUGUCAACAGGCAGUCAAUGCUGGCUUUCCUACGCCGCAUGAAGUGCUCUUCUUCAGGAGGCUUCAGGCUGCAUCAAGGCGGCGAAACGGACGUCAGGGGCUGCUACACUGCCAUGGCGGUGGCUCAUCUGCUCAACAUCCGCACGCCUGACCUCACACACCAUGUGGCGAGAUACGUGCAGAGUUGUCAAACGUACGAAGGGGGCAUUGGAGGGGAGCCUGGAGCAGAGGCGCAUGGGGGCUACACGUUCUGUGGGCUCGCUGCAUUGCUAUUGGCUGGCGCCGACCCCUGGGAGUAUCUAGACCUGCAAGUGCUCCUGGAGUGGCUGGUGUUUCGCCAGGGCGCAGUGGAGGGCGGGUUCCAGGGGCGGACCAACAAGCUGGUGGACGCCUGCUACAGCAUGUGGCAGGGCGGGCUCUUCCCUCUCCUCGCCCUCUGCGCCUCCCACAGCCAGCCAAGUGAGGUUCGAGAGCAGCCAGGCGGCCCUGACAGACUGCCGAAUACCGCUCCCCCGUCGCAGAAUUCGGGUUCUGAACCAAGGGACAGGCCACCCCAGCGGGCAUCGAGUAGCAGCGGGGCUGAAUGGCGCCCUGGCGCUGAGGACGGAGGUGGGGAUGAUGCCGGUGAGGAGGAGGAGGAGGAGGAGGAGGAGGAGGAGGAGGAGGAGGAGGAGGAGGAGGAGGAGGAGGAGGAGGAGGAGGAGGAGGAGGAGGAGGAGGAGGAGGAGGAGGAGGAGGAGGAGGAGGAGGAGGAUGACUGGGAGGAGGCAGGAUUCGAGUCAUUCCACCAUGUUCCCUCUGCGUCUGCUGCUGACCUCUUCCCCUGUCCCGAGUCCCUGCCACUGCCUGCUGGUGCUGGGGAGGGAGGAGAGGGGAGGGGAGGAGGGACGAGGGGAGGAGAGAGAGAGGAGGGCAGGGAAGGGGCAACAGGUGUGGCGGGAAGGGAGUUGGGAGAAGGAGCAAGUGUAGAAGGGGUGGGUGGGCGUGAUUGGGUUGGCAGCUUCUGUUACAAUGACAUGGCACUGCAGGCAUACCUGCUGCUCUGCUGCCAGGUGCCCGAGGGCGGGUUGAGGGACAAGCCAAGCAAGUCGCGCGACUACUACCACACGUGCUACGCCCUCAGCGGGCUCACCGUGGCCCAACACUCCAACACUGCGCCCACACGCGACCUUCAAGUGCAAGCAUCUGCCUCAGAAGUACCUCGUCCUCCAAACAAUGACAGUGUGGCUCCGGGAGCUAGUGUUUUAGGCCCAGUCGCAAAUCUGCUGGCAGUUGCGGAGCCUCGUUGCAACAUUAGGCGGGACAAAUAUGAUGAAGCCAUUAGGUACUUCUAUGAUGUAUGCGAGGCUUUGCCAUAAGCCCUCACUUAUGCAGUGGAAAUGUAGCAUGUGAACCCAGUUGUUAUUCUGUGCGCUGUACACUUACCGAGGCAACCGUUUAGCG